CCCUCGGCCUAGGAACCGUGCGAGAGUUCGUCCUGCCGGAAAGCAGGCCGCGGCUGCGGCAUUUCACGACGUCGGCGGCUACAGGCGCAGAAAGCGCUCGGACUCCCUCCCGGCAGCUCGGCGAAAGCCAGAGCGAUGUUCGGUGCGGGCGAUGAAGACGACACCGACUUUCUCUCGCCUAGUGGCGGUGCCAGAUUGGCCUCUCUCUUUGGACUGGAUCAGGCACCUGCUGGCCGUGGAAAUGAAUUCUUCCAGUACACAGCUCCCAAACAGCCUAAGAAAGGCCAGGGAACAGCAGCAACAGGUAAGACUGCCACCAUUUUAGAGGCUCAAGGCUGGGAGGAUGGAAUGCUGGGCAUGAGAAAAGGAGAGAAGCGGCUGCUUAUCAUCCCUCCAGCCUGCGCUGCUGGCUCUGAAGGGGUAAUAGGAUGGACUCAGUCAACGGAUUCAAUCCUGGUGUUUGAGGUGGAGAUUAGGCGAGUGAAGUUUGCCAGAGAUUCCAGCUCUGAUGGGCACAGUGUUAGUUCCCAGGAUUCUGUGGCCCCUUCUCCCAUACCUGGUGCUGACAGCCUCCCUGGUGAUCCUCUUGUAUCACCACCCACAUCGGUGCCUUUCAAAUCAGGAAAUCCUGAAGUGAAUGCUCUGCGAGGAGCCGGGCAACCCAUGGCAACUCCAUCAAUCCAGCCCUCUUUUCAGCCAGCCCACCCAGUGCUACCACAGAUGACCUCACAAGCACCUCAGCUGCCUGUUUCUGGGCUCCAAGCACCCUCUGCUGCCUCAAUGCAAGUUGCAUCUCUCGAUUCCCACUCAGCUGUAUCUGGAAAUGCCCAGUCCUUUCAGCCCUAUGCAGGUAUGCCAGCCUACGCUUAUCCCCAGGCAUCAACCGUCACCUCCCAGCUGCAGCCUGUUCGGCCCCUGUAUCCAGCACCACUCUCUCACUCUCCCCAUUUUCAAGGAGCAGGUGACAUGGCUUCAUUUCUCAUGACUGAAGCCCGACAACAUAACACUGAAAUGAGAAUGGCUGUCGGCAAAGUGGCUGAUAAAAUGGAUCAUCUCAUGACUAAGGUUGAAGAGUUACAGAAGCAUAGUGCCGGCAAUUCUGGGCUCAUUCCGAGCAUGUCGGUUACAAUGGAAACGGGCAUGAUUAUGAGCAACAUCCAGCGAAUUAUUCAGGAAAAUGAAAGAUUGAAGCAAGAGAUCCUUGAAAAGAGCAGUCGGAUAGAAGAUCAGAAUGACAAGAUUAGUGAACUAAUUGAACGAAAUCAGAGGUAUGUUGAGCAAAGUAACCUGAUGAUGGAGAAGAGGAACAACUCACUUCAAACAGCCACAGAAAACACACAGGCAAGAGUAUUGCAUGCUGAACAAGAGAAGGCCAAGGUGACGGAAGAGUUAGCAUCAGCCACUGCACAGAUCUCUCAUCUACAGCUGAAGAUGACUGCUCACCAAAAGAAAGAAACAGAGCUGCAGAUGCAGCUGACAGAAAGCUUAAAGGAGACCGACCUCCUCAGAGGCCAACUCACCAAACUGCAGGCAGAGCUCUCAGAGCUCCAAGAGGCCUCUGAGCAAGCACAGUCCAAAUUCAAAAGUGAAAAGCAAAGCCGGAGGCAACUGGAACUCAAGGUGACGGCCCUGGAGGAAGAGCUGACUGACCUUCGAGCUGAGAAGGAGUCUCUGGAAAAGAACCUCACAGAAAGGAAAAAGAAGUCAGCUCAAGAGCGCUGUCAGGCUCAGGAGGAGAUAGAUGAAAUUCGCAAGUCAUACCAGGAGGAAUUAGACAAACUUCGACAGCUUUUGAAAAAGGCUCGGGUGUCCACAGACCAAGCAGCUGCAGAGCAGGUAAUGGGAAAAACUGAGCACUUUGGAAAUAAAAGGAUGGUGAAGUGUUUAGCCCUCCAGACUCAAGUCACAGCCCUGACGGAGCAAAAUGAACGGCACAUCAAGGACUUGGAGCAAAACAAGUCCCAGACAUCUGGGGUUGAAGCUGCAGCCACUGACCCGGCAGAGAAGGUCAAGAAGAUCAUGAACCAGGUGUUCCAGUCCUUGAGAGGAGAGUUUGAGCUGGAGGAAUCGUACAAUGGUAGGACCAUUCUGGGAACCAUCAUGAACACCAUCAAGAUGGUGACUCUUCAGCUGUUAAACCAACACGAGCGAGAGAGCAGCAGUGAAGAAGAGGAGGAGGAAGAGGAGCGGCCUCGGAGACCUUCCCAGGAACACUCAGUCUCAGCCAGUUCUGGGCCGUCUCAAGCCCCUCUGAGUAGGGAGAGGCAGGAGGCCCCCAUGGUGCCAUCAGAGCAGGUAGUCAAGGAAGCUGACCCAGUGCCUCCUCAGGCCCUCCCCGCCCCCCAGGAUGACAUACAGACAAGGGAAAGGGAGCCCGCAGAAGCAGAGGUGCUCUUGGAAAUAGAAGGUGAUUCCCCACCCGAACUGGCUUAUGUCCCCUCCCAAAGAGCUCUGGAGCCCCCGACUUCAGUUCCCCCUAAGCCCCCGGGCCCUGUAACUGUGGACUCUGAGGGUGAGGAGACACUUGCUGCCAGCCCAUUGGACAAAGCCUGUGUUGGGGAGGAAGAAAGCUCCACUGCACUGUCCCUGACUUCAGACCCUAAGAAGGAGGACCCAUUGGCUUUGGGGCCUGAAAGUCCAGGAGGAGAGCCUCAGUCUCCAGAGCUCAAGAAAGACGAACAUGUCACCAGCUCCGCUGGCUCCUCCAAGGAGCUGCUAAGCACAGAGGCGGGUUCUACAGCUGCAGAAGCAACGUCAGGACCCACGCACUGUCCUCAGCAUCCCAGUCUCUUUGGGGAUGAAGAGGACGAACUGUUUAAAGAGGCAACUCUGAAAGUUCCGAGGCCCAGAGUGCAGUCUGAGGAGGAGGAUGAAGACGAGGUGAGCAUGAAGGGACGCCCGCCCCCAACACCACUUUUUGGUGAUGAUGACGAUGACGAUGACAUUGACUGGCUGGGAUGAAGACCCAGGAAACUGAUGCAAAGGUUUCUCCACUGGCCCUUCCCUGAGCACGAUUUUGCACAGCCAGCCCUGGGUCUAGGUGAGCCACAGGGUGAGGUGGAGGUGAGCACUCUGAGGACAGUAGUUCAGACGCCGGAGUUAGCCAGCUUCUGAGCCCUGCCUGGCCGGGUGAAGAGGAGUGCGGGCCUGUCUUCAGAACACUAGGGUUAGCAGCUCUCCGUGCUCCUGCCUCAGAAGCCCACUUGGAGGAAGGGCUGGUAGGUUCCCUUCCAGCCAGUCCAAGAGUCCUGCCCUCCUCAAAGCCUUUGAUUCUCUUCACUAACUCUCAGACUGAUGUGGGAAGCCCUUCUCCAUCUGCCUCCCAGUGUUCAUCUGUGCCCCAGCAACAGGACCUGUCACCU